UUACAUCAGUUCGUACAUUGGCCCUGGGAGCUACCGCUUUGUAAGUCCACGUGUCCAAGAGCCCGUACUUGACCUGACUUCGGUUCACGUACGGUACCGUUUCGGCCCAAACGAGAGACACGUGCAAGUUUGCUUCGCACCGCCGGGACGACUUGUUGACUUCACGCACUUCGGCUGGGAUGUCCCGUCCGCACGCGUCAGGAUAUACGCACGACGGUGUGUUUAAAAAUGACUGGGUCUCUGCCGACGGCCGGCAAUACAUUUUCGGGGCGUUUGUCUGCUCAGUGCGGGACAGCGUGUUCACUUCCGCAACGUCAGUGGCCAUGCAAAGGACAUUUUAUUUCCCAACCAUUCUGAGCCAGACGAUCAGCGUGAAUGAAGACACUAAUCUACAGGACGCCAAUGGAGGACGCUACAAUAACUGGUACAAGGAUGGAGAUAAACUGGCCAUCACAGGACACGCGAUUCCAAUCCAGAACGCCCAGCUGGGUGACGGAGGCUUGUACACAUUCAGACAGGGGAACGGGUACAUGCAAUCUUCGAGACUCAUCGUGCGUGCUUGCCCGAACGGAAAGUAUGGUGACGGGUGCCGAAGCGUGUGCCCCACGUGUUUUAACGGAGGAGUCUGCCACGACAUCACCGGAGUCUGCGUCUGCCCUCCGGGAUUUCGAGGGGAACACUGUGAAGGAUUUUGCAACGAGUACCACUUUGGGCAGACAUGCGCCCACAACUGCACCGAACUUUCAGCCCUGGCCCUUGGUGAUCCACGUUGUCGGGGCAUGCUGUUCUGCCUGCCUGAUCCGUACGGCUGCUCCUGCUAUCCGGGAUUCCGAGGAGUAGAUUGCACCGAUAUGUGUGCAGCAGGAACCUACGGUGCCGACUGCAAGCAGAUACGGUUAUGUCACUGCCAAAAUGGCACCGGUUGCCACCCGCAGUGGGGAGUGUGUACCACCAAGAUUUGCGAAGAAGGCUACAGAGACCCACCGUUUUGCGAACAAGCGUAUCCCGUAUUGAAAUCAUUCUAUGUCAACGUGAUCGAUGAUAAAAGCAUCAGUGUGAAUUGGGAAGCCUGGUCGCCAGAGAGAGGAGACAAGGGUGUCGGAGAGCCUAACGGCUACAUCGUACGAUUCAAGGAGCGUGCGGCCAACAGUUGGAACCAGACCGAUAUAAUUCCGGACCCUGAAAAUGGCACUCUGUUAGCCGACAUCACUGACUUGAAGGCAAACACGGAGUACAGGGUUCAGGUGUUAGUGCAUGACGUCAGCGGCCACGUCCACUCGCAAACCGCUCCGACUGCUACGGUCAGGACUCAGUGCGGUGCACCGCUGUCAUCACCUAUCAACUUUAGCCAUAAGGAAAUGACGGACGGGAUGGUCAACGUGACGUGGCAGCUUCCAGAACGCUCCCAAUGGCAGUGUGCUGCAGUGAGCGUCAAGGCGCAGAUCAACGACGGGGAUCCGCAGCUCUCGAACAAGACCGGGUUCAUCUUUCAGACGACGCCUUUCACCACGUACCACAUUCAAGCUCGCCUCGAGACGUCUCGCGGGGUUGGCCCCUGGUCGGACCCUUACGAGUUUACCACACCCGAAGAAGCUCCGGGCGAAAUGAGCAGCCCGUACAACGAACGGCUGUCAGCAAAAACGUACAAGCUUCGCUGGCAGCCACCAGCUGUAGCCAAUGGCAUUCUGCGGCGAUACGACCUGCUAUUGAACGUGGACGGUCUCAGGGGUGUGCAGUGUCCCGAGUUUCAAGCACCAGACGGAAUCAACGUUUCUUUUCCGGCCAACGUGACGUCAGCCGUGUUCGAGAACCUCACGGCAUCGGCUCGGUACAGUCUACGCAUUCGGGCGACGACGGUGAAAGACGGACCCUGGAAGUAUGACGAGCUGUCCACCCUCGAGGAAGUUCCGGAGGCCACUCCACAAGGUCUCAAAGUGACAAAGGUGACUGGCCGGUCAGCCGUAGUGUCAUGGCAACCACCGGACUGCACAAAGGUUAACGGUCAGGUCACCGCCUACCACUUGAACCGGAAUUCCAUGGCGAAGUGGGCGUCGAACGAAUUCUCAACAACGCAACUUGAGAACGGGCUGGAAAUGGACGACCUUGUUCCAUUCACGAAAUACAAGAUCACCGUCUCGGCUGAGAACAGUGCGGGCGUGGGCCCCUCCGCUGCAUUUUCGUUCAGAACGGCACCCAGUGCCCCUCCAGCCCCAACUAACCUGACUGUGUACAGCGCAAGUAGCGAACACUUGGCCUUCAGCUGGCUACCACCGUAUCCACCGUACGGAUUGCUGGAGAGCUACACAGUGCUCUACAAACCUGCGCAGGAGUCGCGUUUUCGGUACACACCGGAGCUGCUUGCUGAACAAGCGACAUGCGACGGCGAUGCCGAAGCCAGAAGCGGCCACCACUGCGCCAUCAUCGCACCUUUGGUCCCCAACAUGGAAUACCACGUCGUCGUCACCGCGAAGAACAAAGACGUGAGUGCAUCCAGCCUGCAGAGCAACAUGGUCACUGCAGUGACACGGGAGUCAAAGCCUGGUCCACCCUCUAACAUCACGGUGAACAAGCGAGAAGAGACCGAAGUGACCAUAUCCUGGAAAGAACCGAUCUUCCCCAAUGGCGUUAUUCACGGUUAUAGGGUUACCUUGAAUAACCUACUUUCUUCUGAGCACAACGUUUCGAUGGACGUGUCUGCCGAAGAAAGGCAGGCGCAGUUCAGGAACCUCACGCCUGGCACCCCCUACGUCGCUCGUGUGGAAGCAAGAACGUCAGUGGGAUACGGGGAAACGGUGGAAAUUCCCGUCCACACAAGACCUAGCCUGCCAGUCAUUGGGACAAAGGUCGAAUUGAAGGAUGUGGACGACAAUUCGAUUACGUUACAGCUGAAAAGACCGGACAGGUGGUACUACUACGUGGUAGUGCAGAGACACGACCAGAAGAUCAAUCGCUCGAGACGCUCCACCGAUCGUUCGGAAAAGAACGCCGGUGGCCCGCGCGAGUGGACGGAAGGCACGCCCGACUACAACGAGUCAGUGGCCAUGAACCUGUCAUAUUAUAUGGCCGCCAAGAUGUCGCCCGAGGAAGUCACGAAACGCGGAGACUUCACGGUGGGCGACGGCCUCUACUACGGAGGGUAUUACAACGCGCCCCUGGUUCCGGAGUCCACUUACAGCGUUGGACUCGCGGCCGAGGUGGACUUUGAAGGCGACCGCAGAAUUUCCUAUACACUGCUCUCUGAACCAGUCACAGUUCGAAGACAAGAAUCCGAAGACCGUGGAUCUACACCAGUGGCGGUCAUUGUGAUAGUCGUCAUCCUUCUGGUGGUGCUCAUCGCCGCCGCCUGGAAAUGGCGGAAGAAGAUUAUAGGGAGGUUACCACGAUCGUUCCCUCAAAAACCUGCUGCACCACCCAGUGAUGCGGCGAGCCUGUCCAUAGUUGACGAUAACGACGGCCUGGAAUUCGAGAUGGAAGAAAUGGGAGGCACUGACACCGAUAUCAGGUCAAAACCACUGCCCGUGUCUGAUCUGCAGGACUACGUGCAGCGAAUGCUGGCGUGCGACGGCCUCAAGUCCGAGUUUAUCAACCAACCCAAGGGCCGACAAUUCCCGACGAUUGAAGCGCAGAGGAUCGAGAACAAGAUCAAGAACCGCUACGGCAAUCUAUUGGCAUAUGACUACACUCGCGUGAAACUCAGAUCCAUACCUGGCGUACCCUUCUCAGACUAUAUCAACGCCAACUACAUCGACGGCUACUGUAGGCCGAAGCGGUACAUCGCAACUCAAGGCCCCAAGCCGCUCACAGUACAAGACUUCUGGCGCAUGGUGUGGCAGGAAAAUGUGUGCAAAAUCGUCAUGCUCACCGGCCUCGUGGAAAAUGGCAAGACCAAGUGCGAGAAAUACUGGCCGGACAAGACGGCCACCUACGGAGACGUGCAGGUCCACUUCAUCGCAGAGGAGACCUUCCCAGAAUACUGCGUCCGUCAGCUUCACAUGACAAUGGCCGACAACACGCGUGAGGUCAAACACUUCCACCUCACUUCGUGGCCCGAUCACGGAGUUCCCCUCUACCCAAACACGCUGCUCACUUUCCGGCGGAAGGUGAACCAGUACAGGACUUUCAACGAGGCUCCAGUGGUGGUGCACUGCAGUGCUGGCGUGGGUCGUACUGGCGCAUACAUCCUGCUGGAGAACCUCAUCGAGCAGGCUCAAGCUGAGGGCGUGGUGGACGUCGUUGGCCAGCUCUCACUGAUGCGUCAAAGCAGGAUGAAUGUGGUCGAGACGCUGGAGCAGUACAAUUUCGUGCACCGAGCCCUGAUGGAGAGCGUGUGCAUACGGGACACAGCGUUCCAUUGUAGCAAGUUCUCGGACCGUUACAAGGAGCUUAUCUCGGAGGACGAGACGACUGGAAAGAGCAACAUAAUCAAGGAGUUCGAGGAACUCAAGUCUCUCAAACCAUGGUUUACGCCUGCAGACUUCGCAGCAGCAAGUGACCCGGCAAACCUAAGAAAAAGUCGGGACGCUUCCGUACUAGCUGCGGACCGGUGUCGACCGCUUUUGAGGGAUGGAACAUACGUAAAUGCUGUCUACGUCAACGGUUUUCACAAGAAGGACAGGUUCGUCGUGACGCAGACGCCGUCCAGCAAUGAUUUAGAGGACUUCUGGAAACUGGUGGUCGAGUCUGGUACAAGGACUAUCGUCACGCUGGACGUCUUUAGUGAUGACGCUGACGUGGUGCAAUUCUGGCCCACGAGUGGCUCAGUUCGAUACGGUGAUCAUAGGAUCGAGUGCACGGAGAAUCGAAAUGUCAAUGACCUCUCCGUACAAGCUUUCAAGAUUACAUCAAAGCACAAGGCCUUAGGAUCCUUCGGCGCGGUGACCGUGAAGCACUUUCACCGCACCACCUGGGAGAGCGCGGAACAGAUCGUCGACUUGGUGGACCACGUGGAGCGCUGGCAGCAACAGUCGGGCAACAAGAUUAUCCUCGUGCAGUGCAGGAAUGGAUGCACAGCCAGCGGACUGUUCUGCACUUGCUCUCUUGUCUUGGAGAAGAUAAAAUGCGAGCAAGAGGUCGACGUGUUCUACGCGACGAGGAUUGUUCGGGAGAACCGGCCACAGUUCAUCCAGGACAGCGACCAGUACAAGUUCUGCUACGAGGUCGCUGCUGCUUACCUCGAAUCCUUCGCGUUGUACGCGAACUUCCGCCAGUAACAAGGUUCACAUAGUUUCAUGCCACUUAGUAAACAAGGUUGUGUCAGCAACA